AUGAGUGUAGGACUGAAUGGCUUGGCUUGGCUUAUUGACCGUUGCAAGACUUACAAAAAAAAUAUUCAAGAGAAACCACAAAAUGUCGAGCGUGCAUCUUUCGUGAAAGACUUCAUCAUAAUCUCAAAAUACACAUUAAAACGUUUCUCGACAAAACUAUUUGUCUUUGAAUGGAACAUCAACUCCAAACGCAAUCCCCAGAGCGCAUCCACUCACAAAAGCAAGGGAGAAUCUUAA